AUGCAUCAACAUCUCAAGGAUCAACUAGCUGAACUACGACUCUGUCUUGUGGCAUUGCCAACAGACAUACCCAUCCGAAAGGAGUCGAAGUAUAAAUUCUCGGACUUCAGCCCAGAUGCUGAAUGGAUUGCAGAGAUUGGUGAGGCUGCUGCCAUCAAUCGAGAGCUAGAGGUUAGGUUGGGCAGUCGAGUCAAUGGUCUAAAACUUGUUGAACGAGGCUUGGAGAUGGAGGCCAUAGUCCAUGUUUUUGAAACAUGGACUAAAAAAUAUCCAGGUGAUAUUAUCCUUGAGAAGUGGGUGAAUGACACUCUUGAAGCUGCGCGAGGCCUCAUUCUCGCAGCUGGAAAAGCUUUACCGGUCCCUGCCUCCAAAUUGAGUUCUAUGGAAAAAAAACCAGUCAAAGUCAAUCACACUACUCAGAUACCUGAGAAAUGCAAGCAUAAGGUUCAGAAACUCAAUACCCAUAUCUUGUCAACCUUCAAUGAUGACCAGUACAUCAGUGCUGGUGAAGACGAAGACAAUCGAAAAGGUGGCGCCAAGAUGCACCCACUGCUUCGCAAGGUUUCAAAGCCUUCUCAUCUAGCAAUAAUGGUUGACUAUCUCAAAACACAACUCAAUCUCACCAUUAUGUUUGACGGUGGAAAGAUCCGAAAGCCCAAAUCAUUCUACACUGUUCAUGUCACUACUGCUGACAGGCGAACACUUCUGCUUGAGCUCGAUGAUUCCUCGAUGCUCAGUCAUACAGCCCGAUAUAUUGGAGAGUUGUUGGAGAGCGUCAUUCUUGAUAUCAGGCCCUAUCGCUUUUCAGGCUCAUCAUUGGAUGACACUGGAAACACAAAAAAUAGCCGCAAUAUUACUCAUACUAGUCAAAAUUCAACUCAACAACACUCAUUUUACCUGCAGGUCUCUGACCAUCUAAGAAAGAUUCUAGCAUUCAUGGAUAAGUCCAGUUAUGCAAUGGAGCACUUCAAUUAUCAAUGUAGUGUUCUCAAAAUUGGCCGUGGUCUAGAGGAAAUCAGCAAAACUCAAUUUGCAAAUAUUCAUUGGUCUGCUGCAUCACUGCAACGUUGUUUGCCUGCAAUGCAAGCCAUACUCGUAGCAAUUACAGGACCAUAUGCAAAGGCAAUUCAGUGUCUGGAAUCGGCACAAACGACAUGUGCAGAUGUCUAUCUGUACUGGCUUGCCAUCAUCGCACAGAUGGAACAACUCCUUCAAGGCAAUACAAUUUGCCUGCAGAAAGAGACCAAAAUGGCCAAUUGCGCAACCACUAAUGUGCGGUUCAAUCAGAUGAUCAACAACACACCAAAUGAUCCAUAUAUCACAGCAUUUUUCUUGCAUCUGGAAUAUCAAAUAGCACUGAUCUACAAGAAUAUCAAUCCUCUCGACUUGCCUCCCAUCCAUUUGACGAAAUCAAAUGGAAUGUACAGUGUUGUAUCCCCCAAAGAUUCAAUUGUCAAGAGAGUUGGCAUGAGGCGUCAGCUCAUGCUCAAGCACGAGUACGGCGAUGUUUAUGAUGUGGUGAAGUCAGAUCAAGCCGCUGCAAAACUUAUGAAGGAGAGAAAUCCUCGCUUGGCUGGAUUGACACCACAAGAUGCUCUGCAGGCAUUGAAGGUCGAGCUCAAGGAGUAUCACAAAGGAGCAGAUCCUUUCAACCGCAAGAUUUGUAAGCACGAGAACAUUCGAGAUUGGUGGUUAGCUGUUCAAAAAGAUGAAAAUGUGCGGGUUCUUGGGGUGACAAUGCUCUCGCAAAAGUUAUACUCUGUUGUCCCAGUGUCGAUGGCCAAUGAGAGGACAGUUUCAACAAUAACGUGGCUUAACGGGCCCACUCAGAGCAGGCAAGAGAUCUCAACAUUAAAAGAACAUAUACAGAUUCGUCAGUGGCACCACUGGCAAGUUGAUGUGAGUGAAGUUCAAUCAACAGUGGAAUUCUAA